AUGACGCUCCUGUUGAACUGCCUCUACCCUGAAAGGGAUGACCAGAACAGAGAGCUGGAGCACCUGCUCUGGAUCCACAACCAAGUCAUGAUACAAUUCCGGACUUCUACUGCACACCAGAACACGGACGACCACCGCCACCUUCUGCUGUUCUGCAUCGUCGACUUCGUCACUCGACAGCUGCUCAAGGGUGGAGAUGGAUUUCGAGUGCUGCUGAGCUCUUCUAUCUUGAUCGAUAUUAUGUGUCGAUUCGAUGUCCCAGUCGGCGGUAUCAAGAGUGUCCUCGCAAGAGAUAUCUCGAAAUGCUCAAUUCUUGAGGCCGCUGGCAUUUUGAGGCUCAAGAUGUUCCUACGAUACCACCCACAGCCGGAGGAUUCGAUCGACGGCGAGAGUUCAGACGACGUGGAAAUGUAG